AUGCAUGUUGACAGCCAGACAACUUUCAAGAAGACAUUGGAAAUCUACGAGCUAUUGGACAAGCUAAAGAGCCAGGCAGAAAGAGAAGAAGAUUCAAAGUCAGACCAUAACCUAAAAUCGACUCUUCCAGACAGCAAGGAGCAAUUGGCCAAAGUUCAUUCCGAACUAGAGGCCAAGGAAAGAUCCAUCUUGGCAGGAUUGGAAAAAGCUUUGAUGGAAAGUGAUAGUGAGAUAGAAGAUGAAGUCGUCCCAGGCCAAAGGAAGGGGAUGGAAUUUCAAACUGAAGAUGACAACCAAGGUCAGGAGAUUGACCCAAUCCCAGUUUCCAGUGAAGACUCACAAGUGAGUAUGGUGCAAGACGAAUCCAAAGUAGUCACACCAAUGAAAACUGAAGGCGAGAGUGAGGAAGAGGAGGAGGAUGCCUUAUGGACAGACUUUGUCUAUGAGGAGGAGGGUAAGGAUGUCGAACCGAAAAAGCUAGGAGCAGAACAAAGUAAGGAGAUUGCUUCGAAGUCAGAAGGAAUCAAAGAAAAAGUAUCAGUGAGUUCUCAGGAAUUUCAAACUGAAGAUGACAACCAAGGUCAGGAGAUUGACCCAAUCCCAGUUUCCAGUGAAGACUCACAAGUGAGUAUGGUGCAAGACGAAUCCAAAGUAGUCACACCAAUGAAAACUGAAGGCGAGAGUGAGGAAGAGGAGGAGGAUGCCUUAUGGACAGACUUUGUCUAUGAGGAGGAGGGUAAGGAUGUCGAACCGAAAAAGCUAGGAGCAGAACAAAGUAAGGAGAUUGCUUCGAAGUCAGAAGGAAUCAAAGAAAAAGUAUCAGUGAGUUCUCAGGGACCAGUUGUUGGUGGUUUUAAAGAGAUACAAAGAUUGUUUUGUAUGGUCUUAUAA